ACCACUGCUGUGCACACACGCCAACGGUCACCCAUAGCACGGCGUCCUGUGUUCAGGGAUGGUCACUCAACCACUGCUGUGCACACACGCCAACGGUCACCCAGGAGCACGGCGUCCUGUGUUCAGGGAUGGUCACUCAACCACUGCUGUCCACACACGCCAACGGUCACCCAGGAGCACGGCGUCCUGUGUCAGGGAUGGUCACUCAACCACUGCUGUGCACACAUGCCAACGGUCACCCAGGAGCACGGCGUCCUGUGCUCAGGGAUGGUCACUCAACCACUGCUGUGCACACAUGCCAACGGUCACCCAGGAGCACAGUGUCCUGUGUCAGGGAUGGUCACUCAACCACUGCUGUGCACACACGCCAACGGUCACCCAGGAGCACGGCGUCCUGUGCUCAGGGAUGGUCACUCAACCACUGCUGUCCACACACGCCAACGGUCACCCAGGAACACGGCGUCCUGUGCUCAGGGAUGGUCACUCAACCACUGCUGUGCACACACGCCAACGGUCACCCAGGAGCACGGCGUCCUGUGUCAGGGUUGGUCACUCAACCACUGCUGUGCACACACCCCAACGGUCACCCAGGAGCACGGCGUCCUGUGUCAGGGAUGGUCACUCAACCACUGCUGUCCACACACGCCAACGGUCACCCAGGAGCACGGCGUCCUGUGUUCAGGGAUGGUCACUCAAGGCUCACUGUUGUCCACACACGCCUACGGUCACCCAGGAGCACGGCGUCCUGUGUUCAGGGAUGGUCACUCAAGGCUCACUGUUGUCCACACACGCCAACGGUCACCCAGGAGCACGGCGUCCUGUGUUCAGGGAUGGUCACUCAAGGCUCACUGCUGUCCACACUCGCCUACGGUCACCCAGGAGCACGGCGUCCUGUGUCAGGGAUGGUCACUCAACCACUGCUGUCCACACACGCCAACGGUCACCCAGGAACACGGCGUCCUGUGCUCAGGGAUGGUCACUCAACCACUGCUGUGCACACACGCCAACGGUCACCCAGGAGCACGGCGUCCUGUGUCAGGGAUGGUCACUCAACCACUGCUGUGCACACACGCCAACGGUCACCCAGGAGCACGGCGUCCUGUGCUCAGGGAUGGUCACUCAACCACUGCUGUGCACACACGCCAACGGUCACCCAGGAGCACGGCGUCCUGUGUCAGGGAUGGUCACUCAACCACUGCUGUGCACACACGCCAACGGUCACCCAGGAGCACGGCGUCCUGUGUUCAGGGAUGGUCACUCAAGGCUCACUGUGCACACACGCCAACGGUCACCCAGGAGCACGGCGUCCUGUCACGCCUGACACGCACGGAGCGCCUCCCGCCGUCACGGUCUACAGUAGCCAGCAGCCGGCCCCGGAUAGCAGGGCCCGGGGUCCGGGGUCCGAGUUCCCCGUUAUCAGCAGCCGCGGGCCGAGAGCCAGGCCGGGUCCGACGCCAGCCCGGCGCAGCCCGAGCCGCGGGUCAGCAGGCGCGCAUCGCGUGGGCGCUGGACCCGCGGUCCAUCCGCGGCCGCGGGCGGCUUGUCCGGGAGCCCGAAACUCGGCCCGCUGGGGGAUGCUCCGGGGUCGCGCGGCCCGGCACCACGGCGGAUGGGCGGAGACGCGGCCGCCUGCCCUCGGUGAAGAGGAGCGAGUCGGUCCUGGAGGCUGAUCCUGAAUGGCCAGAGUAA